CACAGAUUUUAGAGAGCAGAAACCUCUUACAAAAUACUGUUUCUGUCCUGCAUGCCUGAUAAUAAUUUCACUUGACCAUGUCUGCCGUCUUAUUCAUUUAGUACUUUCUGGUAUGUCACUGUAUGCCCCUCUGUUUUGCUGACAAUGGUGUGUUUGGAGAAGGAGUGUUGUGGAGGGUGGGUGUGUCUACAUGUGGGCAUAGAUCAAGACAAACCAGUUUAUGGCUUAAUCACUGAGCCUGGACCGAAGGUGCAGCGACAAACCCAGCAGGGUCAUCAAUGGAAGCUGCUCACAAAACACUUUGAACCAGAGAAAAUGACAAGCAUGCAAACGCAAAGAAUGAGUAAUUUCAGAUCAGAGUUCUCAGGUGAGAGGCCAAAAUGAGCUACUACUCAACUUCCAAGACCAAAGCGCUCGAGGACAACAAGAAGAAAACCUCUCUGCUGAAGGACAACAGCUGGAUCCGAAAAAAUGAUGAUGAGGACGAGCCCGUCGACCAAGACCCAAACUUUGGUAAAAGUGUCUUGAGUCGAGUGAAUAACACUGAUACUACCGACAGUAGCUCAGAACCCAAGCCAACAAAAACAACUAAAACAAGUUCACCCUCAUCUGUUCAAGCUCUCACCAAGAGGUUCAGUGGAAGCACAGAUGACCUGAAAACUAUGUCUCCAUCUUACUACACAAAAAGAACUUCCAGUGGGAAGACAGAAACAUCCAGCACCACUAAAACCACAACUGUGACCAAGGAUGGGACAACUGAGACCACCACCACCACCACCCAAAGUGUCAAGAGUCCUGUGACAAAAUCACCCACCAAAACUGAGACGUUCAUGGAGCGCGUCAAAUCCUCAAGCAAAGAGUCACAGUACUCAAGCUACUCGCCUACCAAGACAACAAAACCAACUAUUACCACCACUAAAGAGGCAGAUGAUCAACUUUACGACUCACUGACCCCCGCACCUCUGAAGGUCGACACCCCAACUAAAGACAGCAAAACAACUGUGACCACAACUGAGUCUGUGACAGUGAAAAGUAGCAGUGAUGCGAUUGCUGAGGACAAACUCUAUGACACACUGAUUCCCAGUGCUAUCAAGAAUGAAGAGAGGUCACAGUAUUCAAGCUACUCGCCUACCAAGACAACAAAACCGACUAUUACCACCACUAAAGAGGCAGACAAUCAACUUUACGACUCACUGACCCCCGCACCUCUGAAGGACAACGCCCCAACUAAAGACAGCAAAACAACUCAGCCUCGGACAGUGAAAAGUAGCAGUGAUGCGAUUGCUGAGGACAAACUCUAUGACACACUGAUUCCCAGUGCUAUCAAGAAUGAAGAGAGCAAAAAACCAACUGUGUCCAGCAGUGAGACUGUGACAGUGAAGAGCUCCAACACUGUAGAUGACACCAAAACACCAGCAGUCACAGUAAAGUCCCCCUCAACGCCCAAGGAUAAGCUCUAUGACACCCUCCCGCCUAAAGCCAUCACAUCUCCUGUCAGCUACAACUCAAACACUGAUGAUACUCCCUACACUCCCACCAGCUCAUACAAUGACUAUAAAACCUACUCCUACUCCAGACCAGACUCCAGCUAUGAGUAUAGCAGCCUCAACAGCCCCUCUCUCUACAGCUCCUCAUCGUACAAGAGCAGCAGCUUGUCAGAUGACAUUCUGUCAGAUCCGAUCUACUCCAAGUCUUCCACGAAGAGUGUUUAUCAGUCCCCUGACAGGCCUGUGCUGGAGAAGGACCUGUGCACCACCUGCCGAAAGCCCUUCACCGGAGACGCCAAGAUGGUCCUGGACGACAUGAAGAUCAACUGCCACGUCACCUGCUUCAAAUGUGACGUCUGCAACGGCUCUCUGGGCUACAUGAAAGCUGGGGACAGCAUGUGGAUCUACAAGCGCAAGGUGCACUGCGAAAACUGCUUCGAGAGCACCAGAGAAAAAUGGCGCCGCUGAGCCUCCUCAAAGAUUACUGCAUUCUGAUGGUGUGGGUGACGAGGGUCAUACUGAGAUGUCUUUAAGUGGGUGCUUUGAACAAAAUAAAUCGCAGUUACAUAACGUAAAAAUCAUUGUCAUGUGACUCUACAGGCCACACAUGGCAUAAAAUCUACUAAUAUGUCCGUAUUAUAAUCCUGCUGUCUCUACAUCUACAUUGUACAUCUCUUUCUAUAGUUUCUUUAAUGUGUCACUUCUCGGAGGACUCUUGUGAGUAACACGACAGGAUAUUCUACAAUAUUGAGGGCCGGGGUUUUAUUCUUCGUGCAAUAAGGGCAAAUAAACAAACUACUUUAUUUACAUUUUUUCUUGAACGUCCCUGUUCUUUAGGUCUAUGUUUACUGCUAAAUUAUUAUGUGAUAAUACAGAACAAAACAAGAUAAUAAAGAAAGGCUUGUACUUAAAUAAAAUUUUAAAAUACUGACGACUUUGUUUGUUUUUUUGUUGUUUUUUUUUUAAACCGGAUGCUAAAAUCUAAAGUAAAAGGUCAGGCUGUCUUUAUUGUUAGAGGGGAAUUUAAGAAUACCUGUUUGCAAUUCUCUAUACGAGCGUGUCUUUGUCUUUGUGGAACCUACAACUGAGCAAAUAAAGUUAAUGCUCAGUUAAUAUAUGUUAAAUAUAUUUUUCAAAUUAUUAAAGCACUUUGCAAUGUUCUUUUUGUGUUUUUCAACUGCAAUGGAAUAUAAAUACGUGGCGGAAGAGCAAACGGCAUUUGAUCAGCACUGUGUCUACUAUAAAUUGAAAGACAGCCCUAAAUAAAGCCGCAACACUUGGUCUGUACGUAAAAUACACGGAGUGCAUUUUUCAAUAACUUUGUCAAUAAACGGAAUUCAAAAUCAA